AGGGCUGGGCAGGAAGUGGGGCGGGGUUUGGAGUGGAAUCUGGUACCCCAGGACUCUGCGCCCCGACCUGGACUAAGCCACCCACUAGAAGAUGUCUGGGGGUCCAGGAGUCCUUCCAGCUCCACCGGCCACCAUCUUCCUCUUCUUGCUGUCCAUGGCGUGCCUGGGCCCAGGGAGCCAGGCCCUGUGGGUGGACAAGGGCCCGCCUUCAGUGAUAGCGCACAAUGGGGACGAGGCCCGCCUCUCAUGCCCGCACAAUGGCAGCAACCCCAACGUCACUUGGUGGCACAUCCUCCACGGCAACUACACCACGUUGCCCCCCGUGUUCCUGGGCUUGGGCCACGGCCCCGAGGGCGAGUGGAUCAUCUCCAAGGUGAACAAGAGCCACAGAGGCCUAUACCAGUGUCGUGUGGAAGACAAAGGUGCCAUCCACAAGUCCUGUGGCACCUACCUCCGUGUGCGUGACCCGCUCCCUAGACCCUUCCUGGACAUGGGGGAGGGCACCAAGAACCGCAUCAUCACUGCUGAGGGGAUCAUCCUGCUCUUCUGUGCUGUGGUUCCUGGGACAUUCCUGCCGUUCAGGAAACGAUGGCAGAACGAGAAGUUCGGGGUGGACCCCCGCGAUGACUAUGAAGAUGAAAAUCUCUACGAGGGCCUGAACAUCGACGACUGCUCCAUGUAUGAGGACAUCUCCCGGGGUCUCCAGGGCACCUACCAGGAUGUGGGCAGCCUCCACAUUGGAGACGUCCAGCUGGAGAAGCCAUGACACCCCCGCCUCCAGGGGGCUGCCCUGCCUGCUGUCUGCUGUGUGUCUUCUCACUCCCCCAGGAUGUCUUUCUUCACUCUUCCCUGGGGGUGUCCUGUGUCCACUUCCUUCUUGGGGCAUCCUUUCUCCCCCCCCCCAUAUCCCACCUGCUCUUCUUCCUUCUAGACUGCCCACCUCCACCAGAACCCCAUCCCCUACCCCUCUCUCAGGCCCCUCCCCAGUGGGUCAUGAGCCUUCAAUAGCUGCCUCUCCCAGGGCUGAUUGGAGCAGCCUCGUUAGUGUCCCCCGCCUUGCUGAUCUGUCAUGGCCACUUAGUGAUAAUAAACCCUUCCCAACUGCA